AUGGGCCUCCCUGGUGGCGGCGUGGGGCAUGAUGAGAAGUACAGGCUGGACAUGUGCAAGGACAUCCAGCAGUUCUUCAUCGAGGCCCCGAAGAAGAACCAGGUUAUGAUGCUCAGCGCCACCAUCACGGCGGAGACGCGGGGACUGUGCACGCAAAGCAUGCAGGACCCACGCGAGAUCCGCGUGGGCGAGGAGUCCAAGUUCACGCUGCACUGGCUGCUGCAGCACCACGGGAAGCUCUCCGAGAAGGAGAAGAACAUGAAGCUGAACGAACUCCUCGGCGCCAUGAAUUUCAACAAAGUGGCCAUCUUCGUGAGGUCCGUGCAGCGCGCCAUUGCGCUCGACAAGCUGCUGGUUUAG